AUGGCGACUGUUGCAAAACCGGAGUCUUUGUUUGUGCUCUGCUCUGCUGAUGGUUAUGAGCAAGAACUUAAGAUAAACGGUAGCGGUAUCCUAAGGAUUCGAGGUGACUGCAACGUCCUAUUAGGGACAUCUGUGGUGCUUCGAGGACAGCGAGGGGAGUGGAGAGAUUCCGAACUAGCAUACGCAUAUCUGCAGACUAAGACCGAAACUGCCACGACAGUCGAUCCCCUCCAGUCGCAUGUGGACCAAGUUAUUCGGGACUCUAUAACAAAACUGAAGGAGGAGCACAUACAUCCGGGAACCAUUGUGCAUCCAUAUGUGAUCUGUACUGGUGUUCUGCUUACAAUUCUCCUUCUUAUGGCCCUGCUCUAUUGCCACCUUCGCCCGCGGCCUCGAAAUGCUGUGAACCUGAACGACGCAUACCAACGGCUACGUGUACACUUUCGAUCGGGCAAGCCCACUACAACUGAAGAAUAG